AUGGCUAAAACGCUAGCACAGGGAAGGAAGCCGGGCUCUGGCAGGAAACCAGGCAAGGGAAAGACGCUCGCCCAGGGCAGGAAACCGGGGUCGGGCCGCAAGCCCGGAAGCAAGGGGCAAGUGACCAAGAAAAGCGCGGCCGCGAACGCGAUGGCGCUCGCAGCAGAGCCUGUGGGGCCCGUGGAACUGUCGCUGUCCGAGUCACCGGGCGCGCCGCAGAUCCAGAAGCUUAACCAGGUCAACCGCCUGCCUUCCGUGCACGACGACUUCACGCACGUGACUGGUGAUCUACGGGCGCACUCUUCACGAAUCCCGUCCAUCGAGAUGUUCCACGCAGGCCGCAUGGCACACAUGGGCGCGACGCCGCCGGCGAGCUCACCACCACCUCCGCCACUCCCAUUACAGCUGCAGCCGUCGAUGUCGUCGUUUCUGCCGCUGCAACCGUGGGCCGCGUCCGCGGCGCCGUCGUCGCUGUUGCCCGGGUUCCCGGCGUUCAUGCCUCCCACCCUUCCACAGCAGCAGCCUGCCACGCGACCUGGCGCAAUGCAGGGCUCAUCGCUGGAUCCGAUGCGUGCCACCAAGCUUUUCGCUACCGAUCGCUUCCAUGGCUCGCCGGACCCAGACUCCCUCUCCUCCUUUGCAUCCAGCUCGCAUUCCAGCCGCGAGUAA